UAUAAAAGUGUCGAAUGGUCGCAGCCUUGUUUAUCUGAAAAUCAUCGAAUCAACCAUCCCUCCCGACUCUGACAUGGAGAAAAUCCCCACCUUCAUCUUGGCACUGCCCAGUGCAUUGCUGUUCUGGUUUCUGUGGCAAAUCAUACGGCUCACGUGGGCGCCAAACGCCAGAUUGCCUGGCCCAUGGCACACCAAGUACACGGGCGCUGUCAAAGUGUACAAGAUCAUGAACGGCUCGGGUGCAGCAUGGGUCAACGACCUUCAUCGAAAAUACGGCCGGAUCGUGCGCCUCUCGCCCACCGAAGUCGAUUUCAGUUCCGUCAGCGCGUUGAAAACCAUUCAUAACUACAGGAAGCCCUUUAUGAAAAGCGACUUCUACAAGAUCUUCGAUUUCAUCCCCGAUGUGUCGUCUGUACUCAGCACGCGUACCCCAGGUACGCACGGUCGCUUCCGUCGACUCUUAUCGGGGCCAACCUCUGAAAGCAGUGUGAAACUCGUUGAACACAUUGUCCAGGCCAAACUCGACCUCACCAUUCAGAGAAUGGAAGAAGAGAUGAAAGCGCAAGGAUUUGUCGAUGUCUUGAAAUGGCACCACUUCAUGGCGACGGACGUCUCUGGCCAUCUGAGUUUCGGAGAGAGUUUCCAGAUGCUGGAGCAACAAAAGAAAAAUCAAUACAUCCGCGAUCUGGAAGCGACGUCGCAUUUGGCUGGCGUCAUGCAGUUUAUCCCUUGGCUGUUCUUUGCAUCCAAGAAGUACGGGCUUCCCAUUUUCAGAGAAUCCCACGCCAUCAAUGCUCGUCUGUACUCCUAUGCCGAAGAAUCCCUGUACAGGCACAAACGAAUGCAGGCCGCCGAGCCCCAGACGUUCCAACCAACCUUUUUCACCAAGUUACUCCAAGCUGGGGAAAAGGACGGCGAUACAAUCACGUUCGAGGAGAUCAUUCAGAAUGCGCAACUUUUCAUCAUUGCUGGAUCUGACACCACUGCCCACACGCUUACGUACCUUGUGUGGCAGUUGAGCAGGACGGAAAACAGGGACAUUAGACAAAGGCUGUUAACAGAGCUCGCCACACUCCCGAAGGACUUUGCAAACGACGAUCUCAAGCCUCUGCCUUAUCUCAAUUGCGUCAUCUCCGAGACUCUAAGAUUGCACGCUGCCGCUCCAGACGGCCUACCAAGAGCAGUACCCGCAGGAGGAGCCGAAGUCGACGGUGUCUUUCUCCCCGAAGGCAGCGUCGCAAUCACCCAGCCCUGGAGCAUGCACCGCGACCCAGAAGUGUUCCCCGAUCCCGAAAGAUUCCAACCAUCCCGCUGGGAAAACCCCACAAAAGACAUGAAAGAUUCGUUCUCGGCCUUCGGCAACGGCCCGCGCACUUGUCUUGGGAUUCAUCUCGCGUACAUGGAGCUUCGACUCGGGACGGCGAAGUUCUUUUUGAAAUUCCCAGAGUCCAAGAUUGCGAAUGGGUUUGAGGACAAGGAUAUGGAUAUGCAGGUUUCGUUCGUCAUGUCGCCCAAGAGCCACAAGUGCUUGCUUGAGCUGUCGUAG